AUGACCACACUUGUAACAGCAGGUGUGUUUUCUCCCAUCCCAGAAAGAGGGCACAAAGAUGAUACUACUGUAGAGAAAGAAGAGCACAGAGUGGUGGUGGUUGAGUUCGAUAAAGAUGGUGGAAACACCAAAGUUUCAAUCUCUACACAAGACCAAAAGGGUCAGAAAUUUUCUGAUAAAUUAAUGGAGGGCACAAAGGAGAAAUUUGAACGAGAAGACAUGCACCAUAGCCAUAUGGGGAGUGCUAAAGAGCUUGUGUGUGAUGCAUUUGACAAGUGUAAGCAUAAGAUUGAUAGCGCAAUUGGAAGAACCAGAGAGGCGGUUUCGAAGAAAGCGCGUGAGGUGGUCGAUAAGGCGGAUGAGGAAGCUCAUGAAGCUAAAGAAAGAGUAAAAGAUGCUGCGAGCAAAGUGAAGGAAAAAGCUCAUGAAGUGACAGGAGGAGCGAAAAGAGGCGGAGAAAAUGUAAUGGAGACGGCCAAGAUAAUCAAAGGAGAGGCGGAUGAGGAAGCUCACGAGGAAAAAGCUCAUGAAGUGAAAGGAGGAGUGAGAAGAGGCGGAGAAAUUGUAAUGGACACGGCAAAGAUAAUUAAAGGAGAGGCGGAGAGAGAUGUGUCUAGGAAAAUUGAGGCGACAAUAGAAAAGGAGAAAGAAGCAAAAGAAAUGGUGGAAGAGAAAGUUAAAGAAGAGGGGAAAAAGGGCUUGAAGAAAUUUAUGUUUGAUGUAUUGGCACAUAGUUUAUGGCUGAAGAGUAUGGGGAAUUUACAUUUGUUGGGAUUUGCCACAGCUUAUGGGAUGUGUGUGUGGGUGACUUUCGUAUCGAGUUAUGUUUUGGCUUGUGCAUUGUCUAGGCAGCAGUUCGCGACGGUGCAGAACAAGAUUUAUCCAGUGUAUUUCAAGGCCAUGGCUUAUAGUGUAGGUCUGGCGUUGGUCGGGUAUUUGAUGAGUCGUGAGAGGAAAAUGGAAGGAAUAGUGAUGCUCCAGGGCUUCAAUCUUCUAGCACCAUUAUUGAUGAUCACGGUGAAUAUGCUCUACUUAGAACCUCGAGCCACUGAGGUAAUGUUUGAGAAAAUGAAGAAGGAGAAGGAAGAUGGGCGAGCAAAAGAGGGAUUCAACACCAGACCGAGCAGCACAGUCGCCGACUCUGUACCUGAUUCUGCAAUCAGAGGCACAAAUGGUGAAAAGAGUACAACUUCCCCAGAUCCUGGUCAAGAAAGGCUUAAGGAAGCAGCAGCAAUGAGAUCUCAAAUCAUCGUACAAAGUGAAACAUUAAAGAGGCUGAAUUCAUAUUCAUCCUUCCUCAAUGUCGUGACUUUAAUGUUUCUUACUUCCCACCUCGUUCACCUAGGCCACCUACUCAAUUCAGUCUGUUAA